AUGAUAUAUAUAUAUAUAUAUAUAUAUAAUAUGCAAUUUUGUUUUGAUUUAGAGCGAGUGUGUAAGGUCAAUAAUAUGGGUCUAUUGAGACAAUGUCAAUUUGUUAGUCGAAUGUGUCACAAUAAUAAUACCAUAUUCUCUUUUUUUCGAACACUUAGCGAAAAUCUCAACUCAAAGAACCGAUUGAAUUUUAAAUUUUUUUUCUGUACAACAAAAUCGAGCAAUUGUGGAUUGGUUGUGUAAUACAGAAAAAUUCUGUUUCUGAAUAUUUCGUCAAAAUGCUAUUUGUAACUAACUCUAUCGCCUGCUUUUUAUUUAGUAGAUGUAGUCGGACAUUACUCGAAAUCAAAAUCAACCGCAUUUUAUCCUUUUGUUUUCUCAAUGUCUUGUUGUAUUUUAAUCUCUGACAUGAGCAAAACAAUGAUUUCAAAAGUAAUAUUAUUCCGCAAGUCCUUGCUGGCAGACUGAAUAAAACAACUGAAUUCUCCUCACACUGUGAAGGCUAUCAUUUAUUUGGCGUCAAGAUAUCAAUAGUUAAUCAUUCAAAUUCAUAUGUAGAUAUUGUCUUGUUUGUUUUGCCAACAUUGAAGUGAAAAUAAAUUAUAAAAGGUAUUAAGCAUUCAACGUAAUCACCUUGUUUUGCAUUCCGCACGCAGUUCUACCUGUGUGCUAUUUAAAAACAAAUAAAGAAGCCUUUUCUGUGAUCAGCAAGUUGUGUUGUAAAGCACGUAGGAAGCGGCUUGAGCAUGAACGAAGGUUAGGGAGAAACACGAGUGCAAGUCGAGUGUUUCUCCCUUCUUCUAUUUUCAAAAAAUAUUUAAAAUUUGAUGCGAAUAAAAGUGCCGUCAGUAUGGUUUAACUGGAUGGAAAUCCGAAACAGAACUGAAUUUUACAAGGGGUUGAUAUAGUCAUUAUCAAUGUGCUAGAUUUAAGAGUAAACACUAUCCGCAAAAACCCAGAAAAACUAGCUUAUGGUAUCCCACAUGUGUUUUCGACGACAUGUGCGCAGUUUUGGAAGGAAAAAAAAUGUGAAGUUAUGUCUUAAGUAGAACAACUGGAUCAUGUUAUUUGUGUGCCAUAAUUGGAAACAUUCAUUUUUUCAUUUGUUUUUGUUACUUUUCUGAACCUUGAAAAUUCAUGUUGGGAAGUUAUUUUCUGUGAACUCAUUUGAUUGGUUUCUUACACGUUGAUUGACACAUAAGGAUGAGCGAUAUCUUAAAUAAGUAAUCUGCUCAAGAAAGGCCAUUAUGAGAAACAUCACUUCCCCAGGUGGGGUGUGAAAACGAUAGAAAUGAUGGUUGCAAAGUUUUUUUGUAUACUCAUUUCAGCUUUUCAAGUGAAAGGCUUCUGCUCCACUGGAAAAUGUGAAAAGAUCUCUUUUGAUGAGCAACAAGACGCCGAACAUGAUAAAGAGCUUGUCGGCCAUGUCUUCCACAACUCUGUCACUUUAAACCCACAGCAGUGUUAUCUGUGGUGUAUCAAUAACUGUCGAUGUUUGUCGAUAAACUACAAGGUCAAGAACAACACCAAAUACUGCGAGUUGAACGAAGGCAACCAUUUUACAAACUGGAACUCUCUGAAAAACAUCCACAGAAGCGUUUACUACGUACUGCGGAGAAAGUACUCCACUAAGGUACUAAAUUUCUCAAUGUCAUAGAAUAUUUUUACAACCCAUCUUUGUAGCCUUCAUCUUGAGAUAAGAGGUGUUUCAUAGAUAAUAAUACAUGGGCGGGCGUACGAGUGGGCACAGAGAAGAAUAGAGGAAUUUACUAAGAUGUUAAACUUUAUUAUGUCAUGAGGUAUUUUUACCAUGAAUGAUACCAGGUCUUCAUCUUGAGAUAUCAGCCACUCAUUUGUUAUAUUUAGAACCGAAGAAGCUGCUGCGUGGCGAUAAACUACAAAAAUAGGUCCAUACUGCGAACAAAGUGAUUGCAAAAUGUAAAAAAUGUAUAAAUAUAUAUACAUGCUUACAGCUGUGCUGCAGUUUAAGUCUAUUUGGGAAAGUAUGUUGAAUAGAUAUAAAUGGUUGCGUACGUAUAUUAAAGUGCAGUAGUAGGAAGUUGUUUGAUAAUCUAUUUCACAAAAAGAUUACGAUUUCCGAGUUUUCUAAGCAAGGUGACCCAUAAAAUAGUGUCUCUAAUAAUCAGAAGCAAUACUAAAACAAAUUAUGACUACCUAUCCUCGUAGAUGCUGAUGUCUUCCACAGAAGUUUUUCAAAACAGAGAACAUUUAUUGUUUUGAGCUCGAGGUAACAGCUGCAAAAGAUAUUGGAAGAUUUAAAUUAUUGUGCAACACUGACGGCUUCGAAAAAAAAAAUACUAUUUUCCCAGUCUGUACUGUAAGGUCCUUCAGGUCUUGAGAGUAAACACAUCUUUCUUAAAUUUUUAAUGAAAAGAGAUGAAUCUUUCGAAUGAUGAAAUACAUAUAUGUUAUUUGCCGGCUGGGAGGUCCGUAUGGUGGAAAACUGUGACCGAGGUCUUGAAAAUACUGCCCGAGGCCGUGGGCCGAGGGCAACAUUUUCAAGACCGAGGUCACAGUUUUUCACCAUAUGGACCGACCCUUAGUAAAUAACAUAUUUAAAUAACAUAUUUAUUGUUUUUAAACUUGACGAAAUUCUUUCUGAAAGAACCCGAAUGAUUUAGGGCUGUAAAUACGGCAAGAUCAUCCAUAAACUGAACAAUUUUUGAGUGAGUAAAUGGUAGUUAAAAUAGAGGUGAUGCAAAUUAAAGAGAGAUGCCUCAGCGAAACAUUUUCAUUUCCGUAACGAUAAAGGUGAUUUAAAAGGCUUCCAAACAAACUUUGAAACAUUAUUUUUACAAGUAUCUGUCACAAUCUGACACCUGUCAAUUAGAGAGCGCGCAAGAAAAAAAAAGGGUAGGAACAUUUGAAAAACAUCAGAACUAGUUUGGCAAGGUCUGUCACGACAAUGUUUUCUUCAAAAUCAGUCAAUAAUCUAACGGAAAGUAUUAUUCACUCUCAUCGACCAUUCAUUCAUGUACGAAGAUUUACCUCUGUUCAUUAGGUAAACGGCGAGGAAAGUAAUUGUGAGUAAAUUCAAUUUUUUUACUUUGAAGUUGUGAGAGUUUGCUCGUUUGUUUGCUGCAAUGGCGUGUGUGACUCUGGUCUUUCCUUCACAAAAACUAAAUUCGAACGGCACACUCCAACGAGACACAAGGGAAUUUAAUGCGGCCUUUUCUCAAAAAAUUCCUUCAAUUUCUGUUGUGCAAUUUACGGUACAAAUGUCUAAAUUGAACGGAAUUGGAAAGACUCACCGGGAGCGUAUAUUUGUUGUAGAACUUAAACUAAAACUUCGCUCGCUCUUUCACUACGAACAAAUUGCUCGAGAAAAUUCAGAUAUUAAAUGAAUGAAAGUUCCAUCGUUCAGUUUAACUGUAACCAAAUACUUCACGUUUCAACUUUCUGGGUACUUUUUGUGAACGAUUAAAAUUAAUUGCAGACAAUUUUUAGGCCGCUUGUCAAUCAAUAUUUUUCUGUCAACCAAAGUGAUUUGAUAGAGAGAAAAGAGAGGAUUCAUAAGUUAUUUAUCGGCUUGAGGUAGUGACCGAUGUGUUUGCUUAAAAAUACUGCCCAGCGGGCAAAACGAGGUAUAUUUAUGAAAAAAUGACCACGAAAUUUGGGAUGUACUCGGCGACUCAAGAAAGCGUUACUGUGGCCCGUGGGCAGAGAUAGGAAAAUACUGACCGGGUAAAGAACCAAUCAGAUUGCAGGAUUCGUUACCGUGCCCUCUAAAAAAACAAUAAAAAAAUGGAAUCAGACAACUAAAGGAGAACAAUUCAAAUAAGCAACUGUUCCUGCAGGUGCAAGAGCUGCUCAACAGCGAGAAUAACUUAAACAUCAUUCUCAGGUCAAAAUAUAAUAGUAUUUAUUUCAUAGAGAAUUUAUCAUGAAAUUUUAUCAUGAAAAUGGAAAAAUCCGUCUUUUUCCCCGGCACGGUCGGUAUGAAAAAUUUCCUAUCAGAGCAAGGCAUUGGAGAUUUCGGGAGCAACCGUGAUUGCUUGCAAACUUGAUGAAAGAAAAAGCUUGGUUGAUGCAACAUAAUUCUGUCAAACACAAAUUAGGAUCAUAAUAAUAAUAAUAUAAUAAUGAAAAGUUGUUUUAUUGUUUUACCAAUUUUUGCACAUAAGGCUCCUAACCACAUUGCUUCGUGUACUGAUGACGUCACAUGUAGCAAUGGCUGCUGCAGGAACAAUUCGUGCCUCAAUGGAGGAACCUGCAUUGAGCUCUGUGAACCUACAAGUGUUCGAUUCAACUGCUCUUGUCCGGAGGCGUUUGCUGGGAAAUAUUGCGAAAUUCAAGUGGAAAGAAAUCAAACCAAUCAAGACAUCUCAGCAGCCGGAUCCAACUCGUCUGGAUUGUUUACAGCUAAAAAUGACUCAAAUCACACCGACACUCAACAGAGGAGAAGCUGUCAGGAUUACAAAGAGGCUGGAUCCAACUCUUCUGGGUUGUUUACUGUUAUUGAUGGUAGCAAUAAAAAAUUCCAAGUAUUCUGUGAUUUUCAUUCAGAGCCUGGGUUUUCUUGGAACCUGAUUGAGUCAUUCAGUUUGUCCAACAAACACCUUUUCCAGGUAGUCUUCCUAACACUCAUUGACUAGAGCUUUCUGUUUAUUAUUUUCCAGUGAAAACAACGGGCUUGGGUGGAAGUGGAAGCAGUCGGUUAAAAUAUGGAUAUUACCUAAGAUCUUCUUUAUCGGCUUAAACUCUCCUAUUUUGUCUGCAGAAUCACAUCGUGUUUUAUGAUGACUACCAAGCCAUCAACGGUGACGUCCCAAAUUGGCAGGCGUACCUCAUCGAACGACCUUCCCUUCUUUGGCUUACGGAUCACUCGACUCACUGGAGAGCUACUUGUCAAUACAACAUAGACGGCACCGUGUAUACGGAUUACCUGAGAGCCUCACUUGAAGUCUUUGACAUCAUCAGAGACGUACCCACGGUGGUAGAAACCUGUCGGCCAUACGAUUACGUCAACAUCCGGGAAAAUAAGUGUGUGAAUUGUACCGCACGGACAUGGUAUUUUAAAGGAGUUUGGCCUUUACAUAUCGACAGUGAUCUUACCGGAUCUUGCGAUUUUGAUGGAAGCGACACAGACGCGGCCAUAGCAUCGGAGGAUAACUUUGGGUUAUACGCUACAAUAAACACCAAAUUCCGUUGUACUUCAAGUUCAGAUGCAACGACGCAGUUCUGGAUUGGAGGGACUGAUUGA